CCCAGCGUGGUCUGCCACUAACCAGAUCCUGGUCCUGGUGCCCGGGUGAGCGGAUCAUCAUCACCGGCGGGAUGGAGAAGGCACCUGGUUGGAUGGUCUUCUGCUGGUCGCCUUGGUUUUUACUAUUAGCUGCAGCACAGAUAUCAGGUACUGACGGUACGAUACAAGGCUUCAUAUCUCCACAAGUGAAAUAUGUUCUGAAAGGAUCUGAUGUCAGUUUUUACUGUAUUUUGAAGACAACUGGUGUUAUAAAAAAGGUGCAGUGGGAAUUGGAAAAAGACCUGGCUGCGGUCUAUGACAUUGUCAAUGACACAACCAUUAAAGUCACCAUACCCAACCUGUUGGCUGACACUGCGAGGGUGGCCUGCUCCAUCUAUAUACCCAAGCGGCAGCAGCUGGAUGAAGUCAACAUAAUAAGUGGAUAUCCACCAGAAGUUCCCAAAAAUAUCUCCUGUAUGUAUUUCCACACACAGAAUGUCACGUGCAGCUGGACCCCCGUAAAAGACCACAAAAUCCCCACAACCUUCAACCUGACUGUGCGCAACGACCCCGAAAAGAAGUGCUUACCAGACACAAACUCCUGCUCCUUCCUCGUCGGACAUGAGUUCGGCAGAGAAUAUAAUCUGCAACUUCAGGUGGAGAAUGGACUGGGCAAAGCAACAAGACAAUUCACAGUGAAGGCUGCAGAGAUAGUGAAAAUGGAUCCUCCUGAUAUCCUGUCUUUGGAACCACUUCAAGACUCAUCCUUCUUAAUAUCAUGGAGAAGACCAGCCCUGGCGCCACAUGAACUAGAUGUGACAUGUAGCAUGAGGUACAAAGAGCUACAGGAUGAUGAGUGGGACUACACCCCUGACCUGUACAUGGAGAGAGAGAAGAAACUGCUCUACAGUCUCAGCGGACUCCAUGCCUUCACAGAGUACGCAGUGUCUCUAAGGUGCACUGGGAGCAGUGGUCGGACGUGGUGGAGUGAGUGGAGCGGAGCGCUCACAGGAAGGACGGCAGAACAAGCGCCGCUGCACAGUGUUGAACUAUGGAGAGCGAUCAGCCCCACAGGCCGCAGAAGACUUGUGUAUCUGAGCUGGAAGGAGAGAUCCAGUCUACGGCGCCCCGGGAUCACACUGGGCUACGAUGUUCAGUGGUUUCCUGAGGACAGAACUUCCGACUCCUGGAACAAAACCACAAAGCGCCAUGAAAUGACGUUAAAUAUGUCCGAGGAGGCUCAUGUCGUAUCUGUGGUACAUUUCAACUCUGCGGGAAGCUCCCCGAAGGCUACAUUGAGAAUCCCGGCCGCUGGGGAGAAGACUGGAGAAGCCACGUGCAGCGUUCAGAUAUCCACAGCAGCCGCUGAAGACGUCACCGUCACCUGGAUGGUUAAGAAUUUGCACUUCCAGAGAUUUGUGCUGGACUGGAGCAUGGCCUCGGGAGUCGGCCUCUGUAAUAUAUCAUUUCAGUACGUGGAGAAUUCAUCAACAUGGACGAUCGAGAAAGGAAGCCUGGAACCAUAUAAACGCUACAGGAUUUCCGUGUACCCCGUUAUAGAGGAUCGGGCGGCAGCUCCGUGUACCACACAUUUCUAUAGCAUGGAAGGAGCUCCUCUUUAUGGUCCUAAUGUUAAAGUAGAGAAACGGAAAAAGACUGAGGUGACAAUAAGAUGGGAUCCGCUCAGACCGGAGGAAACAAACGGCUUCAUCACCGCAUUCAGCAUCGUGUAUCGGCCUCUUCAUGGACAUGAAUCUGUGGUUACAGUAAAUAGUGACGUCUAUGAACAUUCGCUGCGCUCGCUGAGGCCAAACACCCUGUACAGCGCCUACGUUAUAGUGAGCACCAGAGCCGGGAACAAAAGCGGAAACCUCAUUCAGUUCCACACACUCGCAGACAGCACUGACUAUACGGGAGCGGUGGCCGGAGCGCUGGGGGCAUGUCUGCUGCUGAUAUUAGUCCUUGGAAUUGCAUAUAAACAGAAGAGAGAGAAGAUCAAGAAUCUCUUUUGGCCAAAUGUCCCUGACCCAUCAAACAGCAGCAUCUCGGAAUGGCCGUCAGACUGGGUGCAGACGGUUCAGUUUCUGAAUCCAGAGCAGACAGACGGGGCGCUUCACUCCGGAGACCUCCAUAUUCUACAUGCAGUCUAUGUAAAUGAUAAAACAGACAGAGAGCGUCUUCUUCCUGACUUGUGUGGGAGCAGCGAGGUCGUGCCCUCCAUGGAUGAGUCCUCCAUUGUGAUGCAUUAUGCAAUGACGGAGCACUGCCCGGAGUCUGCGGACUGCACGCUGCUCCUACAUUCUCCUACAUGGGCAGCAGCAUCAUCAUUAUACGGCGGCCAAACUGCAGCAGCUGAGGAAACGGCACCGGACCUGAUCUGUAACGAAGACACUGCUGUGGUCAACCCAUAUCUGAAAAAUUCUGUACGGACCAGAGAGCACACCCAAUGCUGCAAGGAGUAAUGGCCUGGCGGAGGCACAAACUCCACUCCCUGGAAGACUAUAAACAUGGCAGAACUGUCCUUGAAGACAAAUUACAGUGAAAAUCUGCAGAGAAACUUACCUGCUCCAGAGGGGCGGCCAUAAUCAGAGUCACACCCUUCCUGUAUUUGUAUAGAGGCAGCCAUAUUGGAGACACACACUUCCUUCCUGUAUUGCUAGACAGGUCAGUAGGGUGCGCCCAAUUUAUGGCAGCCGCAAUGAAUGGGGGUUGUUAUACCGAAAGCUAUCCAUGAACAGUCUCAGAAAGUGACGGAGUGCCUCCCCUUCUUCAGAGACCAGGGAGUCAGAGCUUUUUCUAGGUACAUGCUGUUGCUCCCCUGACGUUUGAGAUUACUCUGUUUAUAAUGUCCGAGUCUAUACAGCAAAGCCGAUAAGCGAGCUAUGCCCUGACUGGUGGGAUGUCAGCCCUUGUCUCAACAUAUAACUAUGUAGAGUGAAGGUUUAGCUGUAGUAUUCCCACCGCCAUGUUAUUUACAUCUCAGUUCCUGGUGCACUUUAUAUGAACUACAGCAAUAGAAUUACACAGGAGGGAGAGGUCACCAAAUCCUGGUCAGGGUGUCACAUCUAUAACGUGAUUUCUGGACUCCUGGAAAAUCACAGAGCGGCAAUCUAUAGAUACACAGGGAGCGGUCGGCUCAGUUUAAAUAUUUUAAUGAUAUUUCAGCUACAAUUACCUUACAGUUAUUGCUUAUUUCUGACAUCUGUAAUGCUAUGUGUAGUGAAGAAUAUACAUGGUAUGUCUGUGUGUGUAUAUAUAUAUAUAUAUAUAUAUAUA